GGACUGCCUUGUAAGGUGGUGGACUCUCCUUCAUUUGUGGUUUUUAAAGAGAGGUUGGGUGGCCACCUGCCAGGGAGGCUUUAGCUGCAUUUCAGAGGGUUGGACUAGAUGACCCCCCAGGGUCCCUUCCAGCUCUACAAUUCUAUGAUCUCCCUGUCGGGGCAGACUUUGGUAAUCUUUCAUAAUACAGCGCCCUGUGCGAGGCCAAAAUGUGGUGCCUCAAAACAGAUCUUCUGAGUUAUGGAUCUUCCCGAUUUUGAGUACCCUUGGCACACUAGCCUGUGUGGUGGAACCGCCCACACUGCCCAAAUCCGGUGCUGUCCCUACCUCUGGAAAGUUUCCUUUUGCCGUUCACGCCCUCUGACCUCCUCAUCUGAUGCACAUGCCCUUCUGCGCUCCAGUGACGCCAUUGUCCCCGCACAACAGGGCAGAUCCGGGUAGUUGGCAUGGGAACACCAGGAGGAAUGGGGACGGAGAUUAGAGGCUGGGUUUGCUGGAGGUGGCAGUCUCUGUCCUAGGCUGGGCCAACCGUCUGGGUUUCUGCGGUCUAUGUUUCUUCUUUCCUUCUGCCGCCUCCUCCCUGGUCCGGGGCUGUUGCUUCCAGAGCCCCACAUCUCCUUGAGAUGUCUGUGAUAAACUCCCAGCCUUCCCCCUUUGGACACCUGACACGGGAGAGACACAUUGAAUCCGUGGCCAAGCCACUGAAGUGGGAUGAUGCCCCAGAGCUCCUGGCUGGGGAGGCAUCUCAAGGCUGCACCAGUGACGUCUUGGCUACUGGGUCAGAUUCAACACGGCUUCAGAGGCACCCCCUGCAGGUAGUCAACACCUGGGGCAUCAAGGGGUACAACUGCAGCACAGAGGCUUGGAUGUGCUAUGAAACAGCGCCCUCCAGAACAAAGUGCCAGGGUGCCCUGGAUUUACCUCUGGUGCCACCAGCCUACGGAGGGGGUCAAGAAGGAGAGCUGGGUCCCUCGCGGCACCGAGAGGCCGGCCCUCAUCCUGGACUGCAGUUACUGGCCGGGGCCCAAGAGCUCUGCAUCACCUCCAAGGCUGAGCGCCACGGACUUGUCAGCAGCUCCCAAAGAGGAAGCUACAUCAUCAGAGGCGCAGCUGGCGAAAGGGGACUCCUGCUAUUGGCCACCGAAGAAUGCAACAACUGCUGCUUUCACCUGUGUGGCCCUGCCCGCCCCUGCCACCUUUGCCUCCAAGAUCAGGAAGGCCACGUCGUCCUGUGGUUCUGCAGACCUUUCCGACUGGGCCUCGGCUGUCUCCGUUGCUGCCAGAUGGAGAUGGUGGCUUUCACUGGCGAUAACCGGCUUAUCGGCACCGUGCGCCAGAGGUGCGGCACCUUCUCCCAUUUCCUGGAAGUCAGUGAUGCCUGUGGUUUUGCCACCAUGAAGAUCUAUGGCUCCUGCAUUCCUAGACGGUGCUUCUCCGAACAGGAGUUCCAGGUUCGCUCCUCCACUGACAGCGUAGUAGCCACUAUUUGGAAGAAGUGGCCGGGAUUCAAGGAGGAACGCAACAUGGAUCAUGAGUCCUUUGGAGUGGACUUUGUUGCAGCAGACCUGAGCAAUGAGGAGAGGGCUUUGCUCCUGGCUGCAGCAUUCCUGCUGAACUUCAUGUUCUUUGAAGUGAGCUGAUGGGCAGCGCUAAGAGAAGACAGAAAGGAACUUUAGUGGCUCAACCCCGUUCUGCACCCAGAGGAUCCCCAAUUGUAACGUCUUGCCGUGGAGAAGCUCCCACAGUGCCUCCGACUAAGAAGGGGGUGCAAACCUUGUACUGAAAUGCCUGCACCUUUCACAGCUGCCUGGGAUCCAGGCAUCCAACAGGAGA